AUGGAGAAGAGGCUCCGGACAGUCACCUAUAUGUUUAUCAUGUCCUUAGCAAUGGCAGAUUUUCUUGUGGCUUGCCUGGUGAUGCCAUUUAGGUAAGAAAUCUGACAAAGGUAAGCUACUUCCUGGGGUUUGGGGUUUAAUCUUUUUUUAAAAAAUAAUAAUAAUUUUUAUUAAAUUUUCCAUUUUAACAAUCCAAUCAAAUCACAUUAAGUAUUCCAAAUUAUUACGAAUACAUAUCAUAUAGUCCAAAUAUUCUGCCAAAUUAUAAAUUUUUGUUGGGGCCUCCCAUGCUUCAAGUUCAGUGGGGUUCUAAUCAUCUUAUGUUUCUACUGCCUUGAGUUUCCAAUAGUUCCUUCUUUAAAACUUCCUGUUGUUAUCCUUCCUUCUUUCGUAGCCUCUGAAUUGUUUGACAGGCGAGUUGAAAUAAAUAAUGUGCUUCUGUGUGAAAUUUGUAUGACUCUCCUCUUUUUUUGCAGCUGGUAAGUCUGUUGUUUGCAGAAUGUCCUCACACGCUGGUGUUUAUGCCGAAUCAAUCCAAAAGUCCUUCUCUGGUGGCAGACGCCAUCUUCACUCAGUUCCGAUGAAAUAAAAUCUGGGCGUUUGCUCAUCAAUUUUCUCAGAUAGGUUGCAUCAAACAUUAGUCUUUCUAGGGGAGAUUUGCCAAAUCGGACUUGAAGUACAGAUAUAAUAACCAAUUAACAGCUCACCUCCCCCAAGACUAUUUAUCUCUGCAACUCUUCCAAACGUUUCGAAAAACAAAGCUUUAGUUAUAUAGUAUUAUUAUUUCCACACAGUUUAUAUUUUCCCAUCUCACUUGCUGUAAAUAAUGUAAACGGUUCUUCUGGGGGGGGGUGUUAAGUAUUAUCGUAGUAGAUUGGGGUUUAAUCUAGUUGCACGUUGCUAUUCCCUGUGCCACUGAUACUGAAAGCAUAGAAUAGAUGGUUAGAAAUAAGCUGGAAAUAUUUUACCAACAGAAAGUUUCAGGAAAGAGCUGGGCAUCUUCUAGAAUGCCUCCAGUUCACACAAGGUCAAGAAUAAAUCUGGCCACGUCCCUGUGUGCCAUUGACCAUGUUCCAGAAUCCACAGCUGGCAUGCAAGCCAUUUCUAUGCAGACAAACAAAGGUGAUGUUUUCCCUCGAGAUGCAAAGCUUGAAAAUCAGUCUUGGAAAAAACCCAACUCAAUAUUUAAGUGAUUGUAGAGCGUGCUGAGUGAACUGGCUCAAAAGGAAUGCCAUUAGAAAGCCCUGAUGCUAGUAUAACUGAAGGAGCGUCUCCAUCCCCAUCGUUCAGCCUGGACACUGAGAUCCAGCUCUGAGGCCUUCUGGCGGUUCCCUCACUGCGAGAAGCCAAGUUACAGGGAACCAGGCAGAGGGCCUUCUCGGUAGUGGUGCCCGCCCUGUGGAACGCCCUCCCACCAGAUGUCAAGGAAAUACAGUCGUACCUUGGAAGUCCAAAGGAAUCUGUUCCGGAAGUCCGUUCGACUUUCAAAACGUUGAGAAACCAAAGUGUGGCUUCUGAUUGGCUGUAGGAAGUUUCUGCAGCCAGUCGGAAGCCACGGAAGCCCUGUUGGAUGUUCAACUUCCAAAAGUCAUUCGGAAACCGGAAGACUCACUUCUGGGUUUUGAUUGUUUGGGAGCUAAGGCAUUCGAGAUCCAAGGUACAACUGUAAACAACUACCAGACUUUUAGAAGACAUCUGAAGGCAGCCCUGUUUAGGGAAGUUUUUAAUGUUUGAUAUUUUAUCGUGUUUUUAAUAUUCUGUUGGGAGCCGCCCAGAGUGGCUGAGGAAACCCAACCAGAAGGGCGGAGUAUGAAUAAUAAAUUAUUAAUUAUUAUUAUUAUUGGACCUAUGUUCGGUAUUCUCCCCGCAUAGUUGUGAUGUGAAGGCUGGGAGGAAAACAGCGAAGUGGCCCCAGCCACCGACUUAAGCUUCAUCUCUUGGUCUCUCCUUUCAGCAUUGUUUAUGAAGUGACUGGCAUGUGGAUGUUCGGGAGAGAGUUCUGCAAAGUCUGGAUCUCAUUUGACGUCAUGUUCUGCACGGCUUCCAUCGUCACCUUGUGUUUCAUCAGCCUGGACAGAUACUGUUCUGUCGUAACACCCUAUCGUUAUUCAAAGAGGAUGUCGCGGCAAAGGCAAGUAUGUUUUGUCCCCUUUGUUGGUUAAGAGCUGCUGAAGCCUCUUUGGAACACGGACAAAGCUUCCGUUGCAAAACCUGAUUUGCAGGUUUUAAGGAUUGAGAAAAUGCCAUUGUUGCUCUUGCAACUCAGGAGGAAAUGAAAACAUAGGAGCCAUUUCAUUAAUACCUUUUGGCCUCAAAAUAUAAGCUGUCAUCAAAUAUACAUAUAUGUAACUGUUUUAUGGAGGGACGCGGGUGGCGCUGUGGGUUAAACCACAGAGCCUAGGACUUACCGAUCAGAAGGUUGGCGGUUCGAAUCCCCGCGACGGGGUGAGCUCCCGUUGCUCAGUCCCAGCUCCUGCCAACCUACCAGUUCGAAAGCACGUCAAAGUGCAAAUAGAUAGAUAGGUACCAUUCCAGCGGGAAGGUAAACGGCAUUUCCGUGCGCUGCUCUGGUUCACCAGAAGCGGCUUAGUCAUGCUGGCCACAUGACCCGGAAGCUGUACACCGGCUCCCUCGGCCAAUAAAGCGAGAUGAGCGCCGCAACCCCAGAGUUGGCCACGACUGGACCUAACGGUCAGGGGUCCCUUUACCUUUACCUAAUUGUUUUAUGUAUGAAAUUGUAAAUAGCUUCAGGAUUCCUCAUGGGAAUAAUAAUAAUAAUAAUAAUAAUAAUGUGCAGUCUUAUGUCUGAAGGUGAAUUGCAUAUAUUUUACCUUCAUCGCCAGCUGGAACUUGUAUCGCCAGCCAUGGGAUCUUAAAAGGGUUCUGUGGUUGAGAAAAGGAGGCUGCGUAUCACUUAACUGGUUCAAAAACAUUAGGAUCUUCUACAAAAAUUGAAUCCUAAAGCCAGUGAGCGAUCUGCAACCCAAGAAGUUGGUGCUUCGAAUCUUUUCUCUCCCAAGAAACUAACAGGUGGCUUCAGACAAACUACUAAGCCUCAGUCUCCCUUUCUGCUGUACUUAUGCAAAAUUGACUCAUGUGCAACCGUGUAUAUGUGCAGCAGCAGGAAAUACAUAGAUGCAAACCAGGAAGUGGUGGGAAAGGUGCAGAGUCUUUGUGGCUUGCAAGGAGACGACGACUCCUCCCCCAGAGCCGGAAGAGGACUUCAGUGAGGGUGGAGGAAGCCCCAAAGAGAUGGGAGACGCAGCAGGGCUUUAGUUUAUGCUGCUGAGCCUCCCUGCCUAGCGAGUGAUGUGCGGGGUGACACAACAGCAGCAGUCACUUUUCUGCAUGGCCUCCAGACUAGUUGAAAAGUGUUAUGUGGAGAGUGGGAAAGCAGGGGGAGAAUGCGAGUUUAGAGGCUUUUUAGAGGGUGCUCCCCACUCGAGAGGGACGCGGGUGGAGCUGUGGAUUAGAGAGCCUAGGACUUGCCAAUCAGAAGGUCGGCGGUUCGAAUCCCCGCCAUGGGGUGAGCUCCCGUUGCUCGGUCCCUGCUCCUGCCAACCUAGCAGUUCGAAAGCACGUCAAAGUGCAAGUAGAUAAAUAGGUACCACUCCGGCGGGAAGGUAAACGGUGUUUCCGUGCGCUGCUCUGGUUCGCCAGAAGCGGCUUAGUCCUGCUGGCCACAUGACCCGGAAGCUGUACGCCGGCUCCUCGCCCAGUAAAGCGAGAUGAGUGCCGCAACCCCAGAGUCGGUCAGGACUGGACUAAUGGUCAGGGGUCCCUUUACCUUUUACCCCACUCGAGAUUUCCACUGAUGUGCGCAGGGGCCCAGAAUGCGACCCCCGCUUAAGUGGAGAGAACGCCUGUACAGCGGUACCUCUGGAUGAGAACGGGAUCCGUUCUGGAGCCCCGUUCGCAUCCUGAAGUGAACGUAAGACGCGACUGUGCGUGCCGCGCAUGACGUCAUUUUGAGAGACUGCGCAUGCGGCGAAACCCAGAAGUAACACGCUCCAUUACUUCCGGGUUGCCGCGGAGCGCAACCCAAAAAUAUUUAAGCUGCAGCGUAUUCAUCCUGAGGUAUGACUGUAUAGGAUAAGCAAAGGCAGUGACAACUUUACUAAGAUCACGUGAACAUCCUUGAACAUUCUAAAUCGGUCUGUACAUGACAAAUAUUCUAAUGACAAUAAAGCAACGUUUUCUUUUUGGCAACCCUGGAGCGGAAGCAUGCAUCGAAAAUCCUGAUCUUUCCUCAUUUUCCACCCGCAAUGUGGCCAAAAGCAUUGGCUCAUCUUCAGCACCUGUGCACCAGUUACAGCAAGUGGGAUGUAGCAACAGGUAUCCCAAGAAUUCUUUUCUUUUCAUUCACAGGUGCAUCAUAAUGACUUGCGCUGUCUGGAUCUAUUCUUCCCUGAUUUCCUUUUUGCCCGUCAUGAAAGGCUGGAAUGAGAUACCCGGCGUGGAUUUUGACGCGAGCAAAGAGUGCGUCUUUGUCACCAACUGGGUUUUCGCCAUUGUAGCUUCAGCCCUGGCCUUCUUCAUCCCCUUCGCCAUCAUGUGCAGUAUGUACUUCUUCAUCUAUCGCGCUUCCAGACUCAAGGCCUCCCGAAUCGUCUCUCAGACCCUCGACCUUCACUACCACCCACAGAGUAAACGCCAGAACAGCCUGCAGCUGGAAAACAAGGCCACUCGCACCAUCAGCAUCCUCAUCUCAGUCUUCAUACUGUGCUGGCUGCCGUAUUUUGUCUUCAACGUAUGGUUGGCCACCAACGGGGCCAAUUCCACCAGCAAAGUUCUUGUUGGCACUUUCAAGAUCAUCACCUGGCUGGGCUAUUGCAAUUCCACAAUCAACCCAAUGCUCUAUGCUUUCCUCAACCGGGACUUUCAGCGAGCUUUGAAGAAGCUGCUGACCUGCAGGCGCGGGUCUCAAGUGGACAUGGGCGAGGAUAUCGUUUCGAUAGUGACGUUCACAAAGACGGCUCAAGACCCCAGAGCGCAAGGGGAAAGAAGAUCUAUGUUCUGCAACUCUGAAUAA